AUGUCAUCACCUGCACGUUACUCAGGAACCCCUCGAAGGGUGACAGACUACUUGUGUGACACGCCCCUGUUCCUGCAGCUGCUAGCUCGCGGCCUGGGUGCUAUGGGGGGGGGGGCUCUCAGAGUGGUGCUCUGCUGUCUUGGGGCCAUGGUGUACCUCUCCUCUGCCCCCCUGGACACUUCAUCCUCCCUGUCCGGCCUCCUGGGGGUCCUGGUGGUGGUCUUCCUGCUGCUCACCUGUGUUAUCAACAUCAACCAGCAAAUGGCGCCAGAGAGUGGGAACUCCUCACCACACACAGCCACACAGGGAGUAGGUCUGCUCAGUAACUCGCUGUAGCAGCAGAGAUGACGACCUGCGGAGAUUUAACCUUUGUUUCAACAGGAGAUCUCAAGGUGAAGAAACUAUUUUUUGAUUGAGACCUGGCAAAAUGUCAGCAGCGUCCAUCUGCUGGUUUUCAUCCUGGUGUUAGCAGGUGUUGAACUCACUGUAGCACUAGCAUAGACAACCUUUAGGUUUACAGCUAAUUACAGGCGAACAGCAGGCAGUCUAACCAGGGGCCCAGUUUAUGCGUUGAUGAAUGUAUGCUGACGUACGUGUCUCAACUGUCUCACACCUUGCCUUCUUUCUUUCCUUCAUGACCAGUGAUCUGGUGAGAUAGUGAAACCUACACUACUAGUUUCACCAUGCGGUGUAGGCCUACCAGUGGAGGCUGGUGGGAGGAGCUAUAGGAGGACAGGCUCAUUAUAAUGGCUGGAAUGGUAUCUAACAUAAUGAGAAAGAUGACCAUGAACAUGUUGAAUUAAUACAGAUUGGUGCCCUA